AUGCGCUCUUACAUUCAGUAUGAGAACUUUUUCCCAGCCUGGGAUCAGAUCAUCAAGGAACAGCUUCUCGACGAAAGAUGCAUCGAGCCUCUGAGCAACUACAGGAAUCGCUCCGACCCAACCCGACAACUUGGCUACUCCGUGAUAGACUGCAUUCUGGAUACGAUGCCUGAAUUCCGUAAGGCUGAAUUGGCUUCAGCUGCUGUCAUCCUUGGUCUCGCGCCCACAAUGCUUCAGUUGAUGAGCGCGUCGUAUCUGGACACCGCUAUGCUUGCGUAUCGUCGACCUGUGCUCGCCUCUUUGCUCUCAAUGUCUAGUUCUGGAGUGCGUCCUCUUACAGCGACAGAAUACGAUGACUUCAUCACUAAAAUGGGCACUGAUCCUUUUCAUACCAACUUUGGCAGACCGCAAUCAGUAUGGGCGCCCACUAUUGUGUCUAUGCUGGAGUAUACUGUCGCUUCUGCAGCUGUUGCCAAUAAUGCCCAUCUCGCCUAUCAGCUUAGUACACUGGCAGUCUGCACGUUUUCUCCAGCAGAGGAUUUCCUUCCCGCCGCGUGGACCGCAGCAGCCGUGCUCAUCCAUCUGGUUGGAAACCUCGCUGCCAGAUUGAAGAUCUCUGUCAAAGAUGCAGAGGGAGAGAAAAACAAUCGGGACAAGCUAUCACACAGAGUCUGGGCUGAGCUUACACCUACUCCCUGGCAGAAUAAACUCGAGGUCAAAACAAAUCAUAAGCAUAAUGGCUGGUUUUUGGUCCUGGUAUCCGCUCUCUACAUUGGGGAUGCGCUGCAGGCUUUCUGUGGGACUCUGAUCCUUUCAAGCUUGGUAUUUAUAAGUGUUAGGGACUCGGCUAUCAUUGUGAUUCGGUUAAUGGCAAGUGCUCUUUUUGCCAGGGGUAUUCUUAUCUAUGAGUUGGCUGGGUUUAGGACGGAAAGAGACGAGAGUGAUGCAUCUGAAAAGCCUCAAUACUCGGCGGUGGAAACGCAGUAA